AUUUCGGUUUCCCUUGGUGCGCUUCCUCCCACUUUCAGCACUUCUCUUUUCAACAGAGGCGCAUCGCGCUUUUACGCACGACUCCAGUGACUGGGGAAAGCAGAGUGAAGUGCCAUGGAGACCUUUAAUGUAUGAACCACCGCUGCAAGAAGAUGAUCCUGCUGCCCGGUCUGCUGCUCCUUCUCUGGGGAGAACCAAGUCGGUGCCUGGAAGAGGAGAGAGUCUUUGAAUUUAAUGGGGCCCUCCGUCAGUUCGCUGUGGCCACCAACACGGUUUACAUCGCCACAGAGGAUGAGCUGUACCAGCUGAAACACGACCUGACUCUGAUCCAGAGUCUGGCCCAGAGAGGAACCUUGAGCGCAGCAUCACGAGUGGAAGACCAGAAGUUUUCCCGGGUUUCUGAAACGGAUAAGUGGAACGCAACUCUCAGUGUUAACAUUUUAUUGCCGUUUGUUGUGAAUGAAACUCUGAUCAGCUGCGGCGUGGUCGACAACGGCUGCGGUUACUGCGAGUUGUUGGACCUGAAGGACAUUUCAGCUGUGCUGUACAGGGAACACAUCCAGGUGGGGCCACCAUGGCGCAACAGCGCGUCCGUCGGCUUCCUGGUGAGUGUGGAGAAGUCAAGUAUCGAGACUUACAUUGUGGCGGCUUCACAGCAUCACAGUAACCCCCCAGAGACCAGCUGUUCGUCUGGGUCAGAUACAGUGAAGCUUCACAACACGAACGACAAGCAGAGAGGACUUAUAUUUACCCAUGUUGGCGAGUUCUCUCGCGUUGCGAUCAAUAGUGAAGACGACAUUAAUGUGGAGUUUGUGGAUGGUUUUCAGAUUGAUUUAAUCAUUUAUCUUUUUGCCAACCUGCCCUCAAAUGACAAAAGCAACAAAGUCCGUCUUAUUUGGCUUGAAGGCAAAGGCGGCAAAACCGCGACUCUUCAGUCGUUGCGGGGUGCUACUCUCAGUAUCUCUGAUGGCGGUAAAGACAGCAGACUCCUGGCUUCCUCGGCGAUCCCCGGUGGGCCGCCGGUGCUGUGGAGCGGCGUGUUCAGUGUGGACGGAGGACAAACCAACACCGAGCUGGUACUGUUUGACAUCAGCCCUGAUCUCACCGGAGACAACGAUGCAGAUCCGGAUUUCCACAGUGUUCCUCGCUCUAACAAAGGAAAACAGACGCCAAAGACUCUGAAGCCGAAGAAGGUGCUCUUCAAGCAGAACUACAUGACCUCUGUGCUGGCAGUGAGACAGAAAGGCUGGGUGGUUUUCUUCAUUGGGACAGGAGAUGGGCAGCUCAUUAAGCUUGCUGUGGACAAGAACUAUCACACCACCUGUCCCAUGGUACUCUACAGGGCCAAUGACGACCGCCGAGUGUUUCCCAAAAUACACCUGGAUCAAGUGGAUCGUAAAUAUGUUUAUGUGCCGUUUCAGAACCAGAUGAAGCGAGUGCCUGUGUCAAAGUGCAGCACAUAUACAAAUGUGCAGCACUGUUGGUCUGCACAGGAUCCAUACUGUGUGUGGUGCAGCUCUACAAGAAGUUGUACGUUUGAGGAUGACUGCCAAGACUCCAACUGGUUGUCCAUCCCUGAUGACUUUCAACAGAAAAUGGUCUCCUACAAACUUGUGAAGGACAGCACUGACCAGAUCACACUUACUAUCCAGACACAUCUGACUGUGGGCCAGGAUGCGCUGUCUAACUUUGCCUGUCGAUUCUUCCAAAAUUCUAGGGAGCUUUGUAGGAGGGACAGCCCCCCUCCACAGUUCCCUCAUUGCAAAUGCAUCCUUAUAAAUAACACACUUCCUGAUGAAGGCCUGCAUGUCAAAGUUACGAUUGGACUUGGGAUGACACAGUUGUUUAAACAACUCAAGAUAUCCAACUGUGCUGACAUCAAGGGGCCACCAACUGCUGCCCUAUGUCGGCAGUGUAUUGAGGCUGGGUGUCUGUGGAGCAAAAACAGCUGCUCCUGGGAAGAUCAAGGAGAGAGGAAGGACAGUGUUUGUCAAAUGAUGGAGUCAAGGAUGAACGUUUCUGGACCAGAGAUCUUCUCCAUCUCUCCUAGUGUUGUGUCUUUCUAUGGCAGAAACCAUGCGGUGCUGUCUGGUCGUAACCUUCAUAGUGUGACCAGAGUGAGGAUCCAAGGGGAUAUGGACUGUAAACCACAAGAAUUUAAUGUAUGGAGCAACACUGGUGUGAACCUGACAUUUCACAUCCCCCGUGCUGACAGUAAAGGUGUGGUCAAAGUGUGCGUUCUGCUUGCAGAUGGUAGUUGCCAUGGCAACGCUAAAAUCACCUACCGGUCAUCACCAUCUUGCACCUACAUUGCACCAAGCAGCACCUGGGCCAGUGGGAAAAGGAAGAUCACACUCGUGGGAUCUCACCUUGAGUUUGUUGAAGGCAUAAUACACAGCCCCGCCUUUCAGGAAGUCAGUCUUCCCAGAAACAACAACUAUCAGAAUCUCACUUACGACACACCUGCAAUGGGGACUGUUGAGAAUUUUAUAAGCAAUGUGUUUCUGAAAGUAGCCAAUGAAACGUUGAUCUGCCCCAUGACAAUAACUUACUAUCCAGAACCUGAGUUCACCAGCUUCGCAACCACAAGGACAGGAGAUGAUGUCCGCAUCAUCAUACAGAAAAUGGCAGACAAACUGGACAUGACAAUAGCCGAGUUGUCAGUGUGGGGCAUUCAGGAUGGAAAAAAAUACCCCUGCAUCAUGGUAGCCAAAGAAACCAGCGAUGGGACUGACUUCUUCACCUGUCGAAUUCAAAACAUGCCUUAUGCUAUGUUUCAGCAGUUAAUGAUUACAUAUGGUGACAAGACAGUUACACUCUGGCUGCCAGGUUUAUUACAUCGGCUCCUUCUGAUAAUCCGCAUUCUCUUGAUACCCUUUAUUCCUGUUGCGAUGGUGAUUAUCUGUCGAUGGCAAAAGAUCACUGCUAACCAUGCAGUGAAACGUCGCAAAGCUCAGCUCGCAGCUCAGGAUGCCUCAUCUUAAUUGUGUAGAUCCUCAAACCCCAUUUCCCCUCUUAAAGUAAAGUUCGCUGUCUGGUCUCAAAAUUAUGUAAAAGGGAAGCAAACUGAAAUAUGCAGUGAGUGUCUUCCCGUAGUGUUUAGAUUGGUGUAAGUGCCAUCAGAGUUUUCUUCCAACCUCCCCUUGAGAGAUCAGUGAGGUACGCUAGUUAUGUGUUUCUUUAUGUUAUGUAUAUAAUGCUUGAAUAUGCUAAUUUGUUAGCUCAUUUGAAUGUUAGUAACGUGACAGUGAGUGUGUUAAUCAGUGAGCCUUAGAGUUGCUGGUAAGCAGAUUUUGUUACUUUUUUGUUACAAGGAUAACUGUAUCUCUCUGUUUAGUCUUCAUGCUAAGCUGAGCUAACCAACCACUAUUUCUAACUUCAUAUUUACUGUACAGGAUUGAGAGUGGUGUCAGUCAUUUCAUCUAACUACCCUCCAGAAAGCAAAUAGUUUUUUCCCAUUUCCCAUAAUUAAAAGACAGUAUACAGGCAUGUGAAAAAAUUAGGACAUCUUAUGAAAUCCUGUGUAUUUUAAAAUAUAUUUGGACAUAUGGGUAGUUAAUGUCAAUUUUAAUUAAACUCAGGGAUCCAAGUAAUAUAACUAAACAAUAAAAAAAUAAGAAAAGCCUUUUUAAAACUUUCUGUAAAAUUUAAUUAAAAAAUAAUGCAAUUUCUGGUGAGGAAUAAAUUAGGACACCCCCUAUAUUAUCCCUCUUAAAAUGUUGAAAAUCCCAAACAGGUGCAUCACGUCAGGUGCACAUGAUUAGUACAUCGUUACCCAGCAUUUGAAUGGAGCCUUGCCCUAUUUAAACCUCAGAUUUAGUUUGGUGUGGCCCUGACAGUUGAGAUGUUGAGGUGAGCGCCAUGGUGAGGUCUAAAGAGCUUCCUGAUGCCCUCAGAAAGAAGAUUGUGGCCGCUUACGAGUCUGGUAAAGGAUUUAAAAAGAUUUCAAAAGAAUUUAACAUCAGCCAUUCCACCAUUCGCAAAAUUAUUUACAAGUGGAGGACAUUUAAAACAACUGCCACCAUGCCAAGAUCUGGCCGUCCGGGCAAGUUUACCCCCAGAGCAGAACGCAAGAUGCUCAAAGAGGUCCUGAAAAAUCCUAAAGUGUCAUCAAGGGAAUUACAGCAGGUUCUGGCAACUGUCGAUGUGAAAGUGCAUGACUCUACGAUCAGAAAGAGACUGCACAAGUGUGACUUGCAUGGGAGGUGUGCAAGGAAGAAACCUUUGCUCUCUAAAAAAAACCAUCAAGGCCAGACUGAAGUUUGCCAGAGAGAACAUAGACAAAGACCACGACUUCUGGAAUAAGGUUCUUUGGACAGAUGAGUCUAAAAUUGAAUUAUUUGGACACCAGAACAGAAGACAUGUUUGGCGUAAACCAAAUACAGCCUUCCAAGAAAAGAACCUCAUACCAACUGUAAAGCAUGGAGGGGGCAGUGUCAUGGUUUGGGGUUGCUUUGCUGCAGCAGGACCUGGCCAGCUCACCAUCAUAGAAUCUACCAUGAAUUCUACUGUGUAUCAGAGGGUGCUUGAAGAAAAUGUGAAACCAUCUGUCAAAAAAUUAAAGCUGAAGCGUAACUGGAUACUGCAACAAGACAAUGACCCAAAGCAUACCAGCAAAUCCACCAAGGACUGGCUAAAAAAGAAGAAGUGGAGAGUCCUGGAAUGGCCAAGUCAAAACCCUGAUCUUAAUCCCAUCGAAAUGCUGUGGGGUGACUUGAAACGGGCUGUACAUGCAAGACACCCCUCAAACAUCUCACAGCUAAAAGAAUUCUGCAUUGAGGAGUGGGCCAAACUUUCUCCUGAUCGAUGUCAGAGACUGGUAAAAGGCUACAAAAAGCGUCUCGUUGAAGUUAUAUCAGCCAAAGGGGGCAACACUAGCUAUUAGGGGGUAGGGUGUCCUAACUUUUUCCUCCAUUAAAAUACAUACUUUAUUUUUUUUCUUUUUUUGGAUUUGUCAAACAAUGUUCAUUUUUGUUGUUAAAUUGCAAUCAAAUCACUUUCUUUUUGAAAAAUACAUAUAAACAUGACUGGAUAUUGGUAUGUGAACCAUUUCUAAAUAAAGAGCUGAUUAUUUAAUGGGGUGUCCUAAUUUUCUCACAUGCCUGUAUUAAUGUGAAAAUUAAAAUUUGUUGGUUUUUAUGA